AAUUACGGAUUGCAUUACAUACAUAAAAAAUAGAGCAAAAUCUCUACGGAUUAGGGAUUGAGAGAGAGAAGAGUACGUGGAGAGCAUGUGACCUAUCGAUUCGGUUCUCUCUCUUCCUUCGUAGCAUUAGCGAAUUGGAAGUGACAUCGAAGUCCAGUUGCAUUUGGUGGUGGCUUAUGGCGUCUGCUAUUCUUCAAUGGCUUCCUCCAAUUCCCAUUGCAAACCGACGAAAGACGCACAUCGUUAAAUCAAAUCACCAAAACAAAAGCUCUGCUCCUUCUCACACCGACCACUCCUUAAAGGAGGAGCUCCGAGUAACUAUUUCGAGGCGUCAUUGUCUCACGUGUCUGUGUUCAACUGUGGUUUUGAUUGGUAGUGAUUAUGGAAGACCUGUUUUUGUACCAAAGGCAAAUGCUGUGGAUGGCAUGGAAAAGCCCGUUUGCAGAAACUGUGGUGGAAGUGGUGCCGUCCUUUGUGAUAUGUGUGGUGGUACAGGAAAAUGGAAAGCUCUAAACAGAAAGCGAGCAAAAGAUGUUUAUGAAUUUACAGAAUGCCCAAAUUGUUAUGGUCGAGGAAAACUUGUCUGCCCCGUUUGUUUAGGAACUGGUUUACCAAAUAACAAAGGUCUUCUGAGGAGGCCUGAGGCACGGAAACUGCUUGAUAAAAUGUAUAAUGGAAGGCUACUUCCGAACUCUUAGAAGUUUGAGCGCAUUUGAGGGUUGCUAAUGCAGCAUUUUGGCUAGAUAACGGAGCCAGUGACAGCUUUGGUAAUUAACUCCUAGCACAGAACAUGCGGAAGAUGUUUCUGCUUAUAUUUUUGGGCUAGAUGCAUUCCACAACUUAACCAUCGGCUUGGUUAUCAUCACUUUCAUUGUUAUGUAUUCAAAAGGUCUACUAUUUGAUGAUAUAAUCUUCUUAUUCAUGUAGAGUGAAUUGACUCAUGUAUAAUACGGUAAUUUCUAGCAAGAGUAGCUAUUUAGGCUUCUAUUUAUUGACCAAGUAAACCUGUAAAUUUUCAACAACUCGUGUACACCUAAUGCCUUUUUGAUAUACUGCAUUUUAAUUUUAUGAUACGUGUGCGCAUUUAUAUUC